AGUUCCUGGUUCUAUGGAGUUACAAAGGAACUUGGUUUUGGCGGGAGGUGGAACAUUUCUCUAUAAAUACAGCGAUGGUACCCUCUACCUCAUCAUUAAACCUCGCUGAACUGAGAGACAAAGUCUGAAAACACAAAGCCGAACAGAGACUCUCUGCAAACCAAACUCCACUCUGCAAACCUAACUUCAUUACCAUACACCACGAGAGAAACUCCACCGAAAACCAAAAUGAUGAAGAUCGCAGCAUCACUGACUAUCGCUGUCAUUUGCGCAACGCUGUUUGUAGCAACAGAUGCCGCCAACGAUGGAUAUUCAGAUUUAUGUUCAACUCUCCGGACAAAGGGUUUCACGAGGCUCUUCACUUGUGCAACCCAGACCGACGUAUGCACGCAUACACGGUACGAAUGUGACUCCGUUGUUGACUGCCCAGACUUUUCGGAUGAGGACCAUUGCGUAGUUCAGCAUGCAGCAAGCUGCAUCAACGAUUUCAAUGGCAAGACCACAUCAAACAACCAGCCUCUUGAGAUGUUCCGCUGCGAUGAUGGCAUGUGUAUCUUAGGAUGUUACCAAUGUGACAACACACAAGACUGUGUGGAUGGAUCGGACGAACGUGGAUGCACCGAGAACCACAUUAGACCGCCAUGUUAUUAGGAUAUUUACCCCCUCAAC